AUGUACAGUCAUUUACCGUCGUUCCUCCUUCUGCCUACUACAUUAGCACCUGAUAUACACGAGUCAUUCCGGCGUGUGUUCCGUUGCGAGGCAUUACGUGCGUUGAUACCGCUAGCCGACUGCACGUCUCAGGCGGAAAAGAGCGACACACCUGAAAUAAUGAACGUUGCUCUACGCGCUAAAUGUCUUGUCGAAGACUUACUUCUACCAAUAUAUGACAAUUAA